UAUAGAUAAGAAUAUUUUCAGUAAAUCCUGUUUCAGAACAGAGAAAUGUGGAUUCUUAUAAUUCUAGUUUUUCUGCUCAUUCUGUACUUCAGGGCAUCUAAACAUGAAUUAGGCCAUCUUCCAUCACCGGGUCUGUACCUUCCAUUCCUUGGACACAUUAAGAUACUUCUCAAUGGAACGGAUAUCCUUCUAACAAUGUGUCAGUUUUAUGAGAAAUAUUCCAAAGAUGGUAUCCUGUUCCUUUCAACUUUUGGACUCAAUGUUGUUUUAGUGGGAGAUUUUGAUACUUUGAAGCAGAUUUACAAUCACCCAGAUGUUCAGCAUCGUGCUCAUUCUGAUCCUAAGAAAUGUAUUUUUGCCCAUAAGAUAGCAGAGGACAGAGGGGAGAAGAUGGGACCGUUAAAAGGUUUGAUAUUUAGCCAAGAAAAAACUUGGAUGGAACAAAGAAGAUUCACCCUUCGGGUCCUGCGAGACUUUGGGUUUGGAAAAAGCAGCAUGGAGGAGCUUAUUCAGGAUGAAGUCAAACAGUUUACAUCAUUCCUGAAACAAUUUACGGAUAUCCCAGUUGAUUUUGAUGGUAAAUUCAAUCUUCCAGUAUUAAACUCACUUUGGAGAAUAACUUCUGGAGAAAGUUUUGAGUACACUGAUAAACAAUUAAUUAACAUUACCAAGAAACUUACUGAAUUUUUUAAAAAGACUGGACAACCAAUAUCUUCAUUGUUUUUAACGCAGCCAUGGAUUUUCAAGCUAUUUCCAAAUUUUCUUGGGCGGAUGGAUGAUAUGCUGAUGAACAGAAGUAUUACACAUCUUAUGGAAGAGAGUAUAGUUAAUCACAAGCGAACCCUUGAUGUCAGCUCCCCGAGAGAUUUCACUGAUACAAUGCUGAUUGAAAUAAUGAACACAACAGAUGAAGACUCAAGUUUUUAUAAGGAGACAGGAAUAAGAAACUUAGUCAAUACCAUGUUUGAUCUAUUCAUGGCGGGGGCAGAGACAACCUCUACAACGUUAAUGUGGGCUGUUCUCUACCUAGUGCGGGAGCAGGAGAUUCAAAGUAAGGUCCAAACAGAGCUAGAUUCCGUUAUUGGGCAAUCCCGUCUUCCUAGCCUAUCAGAUCGACAGAAUUUACCGUACACAGAAGCUGUCAUAUAUGAAAUCCAACGCUGUGGCAACAUAAUGCCCACUGGAGUGCAACACAUGACUUCAAAACCAAUUAAGAUAAAUGGAUUUCAAAUUCCAGCAGAUACGAUCAUUAAUCCUUUUUAUCCUGAGAUUCAUAAAGGCGAAUACUGGAAGGAUGGUCAUGUCUUUCGUCCAGAGCGUUUUCUUGAUGAAUCAGGAAAACUAAAGCCCGAUGAGCAUCUCAUCCCUUUCUGCAUAGGGAAGAGGAGAUGUCUUGGAGAACCUUUGGCAAAAGCAGAACUAUUUCUCUUCAUCACAAGUCUAGUUCAAGCCUUUAAGCUUCUGCCAGAAUCAUCGGCUAAUGUUCCAACCGAAGAAUAUCAAACUGGAAUUACAGUUCAACCAAAGCCUUUUAAACUUGUUCUUAAAACAAGAUUCUAAAAUUAUUUAAAAAAAUUUUCAACUUUUCUGAUUCUCGUAGUCCUCAUAAUUGUCUAAAGUAUGUUGAUGCAGUUUUUUCUAAUUGCGGACCCUCAUGGACCACGGUUUAUAACUUCAAAUACACCACAGUCAAAAAUUAAAAUAAACAUCAGAUUAAAUUGCCUAUAAACUGUGUCUAUACUUUUCCUUUGAAACAUGUUAAAACUGAAACGCAACCGGUAAAUGCUUAAAUCAAUUAAAUAAUAAUUUAGAUUUUUUAA